CACAGAAUAAAAGUGAUUUAACGUCAGCGUUGUUCUGUUUGAGUUGCCAGUUGUUGGUUGUGAGCGGAAUAUCAGUUCCCAAAAAUUCUGAACCAGAUAAAGAUGAAAAGAAGAAUCCUUCAACAAGAAUGAUAUCGGGACCUCAACUUUCUCUUCCGAAGCAAGAAGAUAUUGGUGAAAUCCCGGCAGGGACGCUUUUUGGUCACUGUACCAGCAAAUGGAGAUGGAACACCGCAUCUGCUGAUAUCGAUAUAAAAAGAACAAAAGGAAAUGUUAACGCCGUCGGUAAGGGUUUUUACACAUAUCAUUGGCAAUUGAUCGAAAAGAGUGAUUUCAUUUUCAGUCAAUUUAUUGGUUGGUCUAAUGUCGAAUUCAGUAAUGAAGAUCCAAAAACUGAAGCAGAUUUUCUGAAAAUAAGAGAUGAUUUGAAACAGGUCCGUAUAGUUGAAGUGAAAACUACGAAGAACGUGCCUUUUUGGAAAUCUAAGAAAAUCGUCACAAGCGCAGAUAAAAUUCUUAGUUUUUUAUCCAACCAAGGUCAGUUGAAUUUCGCAGCGAUAGACGUCGUCAAACCCGGUAUGGAAGAGACCGUUUGGUUGAAUGCCAAACUAAUUAACUCGGCAAAUAAUAUCUGGCGUUAUCCAGUGGAAGAUUCUUCGAAGUUCGAAUAUUUGGAAGGAAACAUCCGCGAAAUGACAGAGAGUGAAAUCGAUAGAUAUAUUCAUCUAAUGAAAGAGAAGAAAAUAAGUAUGUGACCAAUCUCAAGUCUUUUAAUUAUCGGCAAUGUUUACUAAUUAUUGAGGGAUUGAUUUACUAAUUAUAUAGGUUGUCUCAAAUUUCAUUGCAUGGAACAUUUUGAUGAAAAAGUUGAUGAUUUAUAAAAAUGCGCAACUGUUGAGAAGAUUUUAUCAGUUGCAUUGUGUCGUUUACAGCCAACUAAUGAGACAAGUUUAAUAUAAAAUACUUUUUGUGACUCAAAUGCGCGGUAACUAUUUUCUUACAUCGGAAAAAAACGACAAUUCGGAGAGAGUUCGAUAAGGAAUCUCGAUUUUUAUAGCUAUGUAAAAUGGCUGAUUCCCAAAGUUAGGGGGAAUAUUUUCAAAAUUUUGACAUCAAGUGGGACACAAAUUCACAGGGCAGUGCGUAUGUAUCCAAAGCAUAUAUGAGAGUGCAGGAGUCAAAAAAGGAUACUGCAUGAUACUGACUUCGUGCAAAAUACCUAUUUGUAAUUUUUCGCGCCUUCCGUUUUCUUUCGGUCAAUGCUUAAUUAAUGAGGUUGAAAAUUGGGAUAACCAUGCAUGUUCGUUUUUGAGUUUUUGAGGGAUAGAAAUCGGGCUUGCUAAUUUUUUGCAAAAGAAUAUAAAUGUGGUUACGUAAUCAAUGGUGUUAGGGUGUAAAUUAACAAAAAUAAUUAAUAGAAUAGUUAACAUUUGUUGGGGAUUAUAUUUAAAAUAAUAGAUUGAGUAGCUGUUUAAUAAUAUUAUUGCUAUAAG